UACAAUUUUUUAGGAAUUACGGUAACUGCCGUCGUCAUAACCAAUCAAGAUCUACUCAAGGUCGUGAAGAACCAUCCCGUUCUAAUUCACGAACCCCUAGUCUUAGUCCGGAGUCGCCAACGUCAGAGACUCCCAUGGAGAUGAGCAUUGAGGACUUCGUCUCUCAACCAGGAAGAGAACGACUCACAAAGCUCCAUCCCGAUAGAAUCGAUCAUGCAACAUGGUUUGAGAGUUCGGGAAACGGGAUAAGCAAAUCUGUUUUGAAGAUGAUGCAAGGACUUCUCAAGGAUCCAUAUCCAACUUACUCGUCAAUGCCGGGGAAGGAACAAGAUUUGUGGUUCAAGCAAUUUGCGCAAGAGUUUAAUUGGGAUCGGAAUUUGAUGCUAGAGGUUCGCAAAGCGUUUGACAAAGAUAUAUCUUCUCGUUAUCAUGGCACAAUCAAUGAGUGGAAGCAAAGGUGGGUCAAAGAUAAGAAGCCUAGAGGGGUGAAUGAUAAAGCUUUUGAAGGGUUGCAACUACACUGGGUGAAACCGGAGACCCAAGCAAAAUCCAAGACUAACUCCAAAAAUCGCAAAAGCGAUCGAGGGGGAAAGGAAUAGCUACGCACAACUCGGGUGCAACGAGCCUUACACCCGAGGAGAACAAAUUGCCGAGAGAGAUGGUGUGUAUCCGGAUCAUCUCUCGGUGAUGGAAGAUACACACACCAACAAAAAAACCAAACAACUUCAAGAUCCGGUUGCAAAGGAAGUUGUAGAGAAUUCAAAGAAGAGGAAGCAAGAAUAUCUCCUUACCCAACUAUCUAUAGACGGUGUCGAGAAUAAUGACGUACCAAUGGAGAUUGUCAACAAAAUCGUUUUUGAGGAAACUCCAAAAAGAAAGGGUCGGAUAUUUGGGUUAGGAAAACUAGGUGUAGCUCGAUAUAAAUCUCAUUCCACAUCGUCGUGUUCAUGUGAUCCCAUGCUCGAGGCGUCUCUCAAAGAGAAAGAAGCACGGAUUGAAGCUUUGGAGACUCAAAUGGCCGAAGAGAAAGCCGAGAACAAGCGCCGAACCGAUGAGAUGGCAAAGGAGAUAGCUGAAAACAAGAAAAGUUCUGAGGCGAUGAUGCGUUUCAUGGGAGAUAUGCGAAUGCGGUUUCCCAAUUCUAGUUCUUAGUUCUUCAUUUAAAUUCUCGUUUGAAUACUUUAUUUUGGAUAUAAUAUUAUUU